GCCUCUCCCUCGUUCGCCCCUCCCUCGUUCGCCUCUCGUACGGCCGCCCCUUAUACGGUACUACUCCUCCGAUUCGGACGAUUCGGACGAUUCUGCCCCAGAGGCUUACAUACGACGUCCUCCUGCCAAUAAUUUAUCGUCUGAGGAGACCGAGAGCCGACAAGAUCCUGGCGAAGCUAGCUCUGGAGCCGAGUUUGAGUCGGAUACGGAGGCUAGUUCCGGCUCUGCAGACGAUUUGGACUCUGCGGACGGUUCUAUAGACAGUUUCCUGGACGAGCUUGGUUCUUUGGACGGUUCUGGGGAUGAUUUGGACUCUGCAGACGGUUCGGGCUCUGCAGACGGUUCUGCGGACGAUUUUGGGUCUGAGGCUAGUUCUGGAGCCUCAGGUGAAGGUGGAGGUAGCUAUUGGUCAGACAGUGACUAUUAAAAGCUGGCCGUUUUGGGGGUUUCGUCAAAACCCUAUUUCCUUUAUAUACCUGAAUAAGGGCAUUCAGAUUUGGUUUCCGGGGGGGUAAUGUGACGGCGCUGGCUGGGGGUGGCUGUUACAUGACUGGUUUCACCUAGCUAGCCGGCGUUUCAGUGAUUUUAGCUAGUAUUUUCCUCCUUUUAUCCCCUUUCCUUCUCUCUCUCCUUCUUCUCCUUAGCUUAGUAUUCUCAAUA